AUUGAAUCCUUGCUGAGCAAUGAGAAUAGUACUGAACAAGUGAAGUCUCUGCUAAUGGAAAGGAAACAACUGCAGAGUGAAGCCCAGGGUUACUUACAAGAGAUUCACCGCAAAGAACAAGAACUUCAAAAACUGAAUAGCAAGAUUAUCCAGAGCAUUGAAGAGAGAACCACAUUAUCUAACCAGCUAAAAGCAGUCUGUCAGACUCUACGUGAUACCCAGUUACGUUAUGGGGAUCUUCAGGAUCGCUAUUAUCAACUAGAAAGACGGUACCAGGCAAUGCGCUCAUCUUUGCACAAUGAAGAGGAAGUAAGUGGAUGGGCUAUCAAGAAUGAAGCAAAUGAAGAAGUUCCACCAGGGGCUCCACAAGAACGUGCUAGUGUUAUAGUUGAAAUUGACAACUUUGAGCUGAGUGAACUACGGAGAAGGCUUGCAGAAUCGGAUCAACGUAAUGAUUCAGCUCACCAGGAGCUGUCCCAGUUAACAGAAAUGUUAGCACAUGAAGAACUAAGGAGAAGGGCUGCAGAAGAAGCAUUGAUAGCAGCUGAAGAAAUGCUAAAGGGUCUUGACAUUACUGCUGUCAGACAAACACCUAGAGAGUACACCAUACAACUGGAAUCUGAUGAGGAACGUGAAGCAUUGAUCAUAGAUCCCAGCGAACAAGUCGUGGUCCGGAAGGUAAAGAGAGGAGCACUGUCCUUCAAACGGUGGCUGCGCAGCCGAAGCUUGUACUGCUCAAAGAUAAUGAGCUCAAGGGCCAGAUCACGCUACUUAGUCUUUGUGUAUUUUGUGACACUACAUGUUCUUGUUUUCAUGUGCUUGACAGGGUUCUUAUAGGUGCAUAACAUUGACUAGAGGAAAAGAUUUUGGGAACUGUAUGCAUAGUUGUGGUGAGACAGCGGGGUGAUGGUGCAUUUAUGAUUUAAUCUAAUCUGCCCAUUAGAAAACUGAGAAUAUGGGGUGAAAUCUUGGUUUCAGGUGCUACCAUAACUUACUCUCUGUUAAAGUCAGUGGAGAGACGAGAUGCAAAAUCAAUGCUCCAUUUGAUCUCGUCAGUUUUCCAAAUUUUAGAUAAAAUAAAAAUUACAAGCAUGAAUUACAGUUCUGUAAAUUCUUAGCAUAUUAUAAGUAUUGUAUGAAGUGUAUUGUCAAGAUGUCUUUCUUUGAGGUGAGAUUGUGAACUGUGUUUCAAACUAUAAUUGCUUGCUGUUAAAUUCAAAAGUUACUCUGCUCUGCUACAAGUUAUUCUAUGUAAUGGUGGUGUAUAAAUGUAAAAUUAUGUAUAUUUUCCAGUGUGUAAAACAAUAUUAUUUAAUUCUGAUAUUCAAGAUAGACACCUGGUAAAGAUUGAAAGACUAUUUUUAUGCUUGAAAAUGUAUUUAUAAAUUGAAAUGGUGCAGGUAGCUCGAGAAACACUGAAGUCAUUUGAUAAUUUAACUACAAUGUUACUUUCAUCUUGAUUAUGACAAGCUGUUUGUAACCUGGGUGCAAUGUAGAAACAAAGGUUUUGAAAAUAUUAUACCAGUUCAUUUCUGGUUUUAAGAAGUUCUUAUUAAAAGAUAAAAUGC